AUGGAAGGUCAGAUGGAGCAUCGCACCGCAAGUCAUUCUAGACUACUCCUAAAGAGACCCUCAAGCAGACCGACCCCAAAAGGUAGCCCGACGGUGUUGACGGUUUAUUCGUUUGAUGUCCGCCCAAACCCCGUAGUGUUCCCGGGCGAACUGCACGUGACCCUGGACCUGACCGUUAACCAGACGAUUGAUCAGCUCUUUAUCGACGUAGAGAUCUGGAAGAAAACAUCCUUCGGAGAUUCCAAAGUGCCAUGUGUUGGAGACACCAGCAUUGGCUCAUGCAAGAACAUUGACGCCUGUGGGAUUAUCUUCCGGAUGUGGAAUGGUUUCUCUGGUGUUAUCACGGAUAGAGGCAUUUAUAUACAGAUAUUCCUCGCCGCCCUUAGUCAUUUGGGCCAGUGCCCCAUUUACCCGAUGAGUUUAACGCUGCAAAACAAGCACAUCGUACUUCCGGACCUACCGUCUCGAAUCAGACCUUUCGCCAUAGGGGAUUUCAGAGUUGUUUUCAGGAUGAAGGACGAUCCAAUCGCAACUGAAAACAUCGGAUGCCUCGAGUUCAAUACAGGUAUUCGCCAGAACACUGAUCCUGUUGUCGGUAGAUAG